UUAGAAACCAGAAUUGAAGACUUCACUGGAGCUAGUCUGUUUUUUUCAAGAUGUGCCUCUGUGCUCUGAUUCUGGUGUAUCUAUCAGUCUGCAUGGCAAUGGCAGGCCAUCCAUCUUCACCACCCAUGGUAGACACUAUUUAUGGCAAAGUCUUGGGAAAGUACGUGGGAUUAGAAGGAUUCACACAGCCCGUGGCUAUCUUCCUGGGAAUCCCCUUUGCCAGACCUCCUCUCGGGUCCCUGAGGUUUGCUCCGCCAGAGCCUGCAGAGCCCUGGAGAUUUGUGAAGGACACCACCUCCCACCCCCCUAUGUGCUCUCAGGAUGCAGUGGGAGGGCAGACGGUCAAUGACCUUAUAGCAAACAACAAGGAGAAAACCCCUCUCCAGUUUUCUGAAGACUGUCUCUACCUGAAUGUUUACACACCUGCUGACUUGAUGAAGAAGAGCAACAGGCUGCCGGUGAUGGUGUGGAUUCAUGGAGGUGGACUGGUCGUGGGUGGGGCAUCCACCUACAAUGGACUGGCCCUCUCUGCACAUGAAAACGUGGUGGUGGUGACCAUUCAGUACCGCCUGGGCAUCUGGGGAUUCUUCAGCACAGGGGAUGAACACAGCCGGGGGAACUGGGGUCACUUGGACCAGGUGGCCGCACUGCGCUGGGUCCAGGACAAUAUUGCCAACUUUGGAGGGGAUCCAGGCUCUGUGACCAUCUUUGGAGAGUCAGCAGGAAGUGAAAGUGUCUCUGUUCUCGUGUUGUCUCCUAUGGCUAAGAACCUCUUCCACAGGGCCAUUUCUGAGAGUGGUGUGGUCUUCACUUCUGGCUUGUUUAUGGAGAAUUCCAGUUCACUGACUGAACAAGUUGCUGUUGCUGCUGGCUGUAAAACCACCACAUCUGCUGUCAUUGUUCACUGCCUGCGCCAGAAAACAGAGGAAGAGCUCUUAGAGAUCACACAGAAAAUGAACUUUUUCAAGCUUGAUUUACAGGGAGAUACCAGAAAGCAUUAUCCCUUCACACCAACUGUGCUUGAUGGGGUGGUGCUGCCAAAGGCACCAGAAGAGAUCCUGGCAGAGAAGAGCUUCAACACCGUGCCCUACAUUGUGGGCAUCAACAAGCAAGAGUUUGGUUGGAUUCUGCCAAUGCUAAUGGAAUUUCCACCAACUGAUGUAAAACUGGACAAAAAGAUGGUCUCCUUGCUCCUGACGAAGUCUGCUUAUUUCUUCAACAUACCAGAGGAUGGAAUUCCAGAUGCCAUGGAGAAAUAUUCAAUAGACACAGAUGACCCAGUCACAAACAGAGACUUGUUCCUGGAGUUGAUUGGGGAUGUGAUGUUUGCUGUACCAUCUGUGAUUGUAUCUCGGGGCCACAGAGAUGCUGGAGCCCCCACCUACAUGUACGAAUUUCAGUAUCACCCAAGCUUCUCAUCAGAACUGAAACCUAAGACAGUGAUUGGAGACCACAUAGAUGAAAUCUACUCUGUCUUCGGUGCUCCAAUUUUAAGAGAAGGUGCCUCAGAAGAGGAGACCAACCUCAGCAAGAUGAUGAUGAAAUUUUGGGCCAACUUUGCUCGGAAUGGGAAUCCCAAUGGGAAGGGGCUGCCCCAUUGGCCAGAGUAUGACCAAAAGGAAGGGUAUCUGAAGAUUGGAGCCACCACCCAGAAAGCCCAGAGACUGAAAGGGGAGGAAGUGGCUUUCUGGACUGAGCUCAGGACCAAGAAACCUCCCCAGACAGUGCACACUGAGCUAUGAAUGGGAGGCUUUGCCAGUCUCAAAAGACUGGCAAAGUCGAGAUCAGGACACUUCAUAGAACAUGUUUCUUGGCAAAAGAUGAAACUUUGAGAAGAUCAGAGAAUUUUGUCAUAGUGAUAGGAAGAGGCGGGGAGGGGAAUGGUUGUACCUCAAUUUAGUAAAUAAAUGUUCAUUUUUAGAGCAA